AUGUCACGAAGCAAAAUCAGUGUCAAGGUCGUUGCAGCAGAAUCGCUUUACAAACGAGAUGUAUUUCGUCAACCAGACCCGUUUGCGGUAAUCACGGUCGAUGGAUCCCAGACGAAAACGACAAAAACUGCUAAAAAGACGUUGAAUCCGUAUUGGAAUGAAACAUUCACAUUUGACUCAUCGGAAGAUUCCAUUCUUGUUAUACAAGUUUUCGAUCAAAAAAAGUUUAAGAAGAAAGACCAGGGCUUUUUAGGGGUUGUCAACAUCCGUAUAGGUGAUGUGGUUGAUCUUUCCCUUGCCUCGUCGGAGGAGACGAUCACCAGGGACCUCAAAAAGAGCAACGAAAAUUUGGCCGUCAGCGGAAAGAUCAUUGUUGUGAUCUCCCAUGAGAGCCAAAAUUCUCGCAAUGGUGUCUCCGGCUCUUCCCAGAAUGCUUCGUCAGCACCGGCUAUGGUGGCAUCAACUACGCAGUCGUCUACCUUGCCAGUACCAGCUUCCAACGGUGAUACAACGACGUCAAAUGGCUCGGCAAGACAAUACUCCUCGUUCGAAGACCAGUACGGCCGUCUUCCUCCUGGCUGGGAGAGACGGACUGACAACUUUGGACGUACAUACUAUGUGGAUCACAACUCCAGAACCACCACCUGGCAACGUCCUACCCUUGACCAAACCGAAUCGGAACGUGGUCAGCAACGGGAGGAUGCUACCGAGGCGGAAAGAAGACAACAUCGUGGCCGUACCCUUCCUGGAGAGGCCCCUCAGCUGCCUACAGUUCUGUCUGCCACAUCUGGAAAUGUCACCGUAAACUCCACCGGAGCCAAUACUCCUGUCAGCCCCAGUGCUGCCGUGUCAAUGGCAUCUCUGGGAGCCACCACAAGUGGUUUGGGUGAGUUGCCUUCCGGGUGGGAGCAGCGUUUCACCAACGAAGGACGGCCAUACUUUGUUGAUCACAAUACUAGAACUACUACGUGGGUUGAUCCCCGUAGACAACAGUAUAUCCGUACUUUUGGACCCAACACCACGGUCCAGCAACAGCCGGUAUCGCAAUUGGGACCCUUGCCUUCUGGUUGGGAAAUGAGGUUGACAAAUACAGCAAGGGUGUAUUUUGUCGAUCAUAACACCAAAACUACCACCUGGGAUGAUCCCAGACUUCCAUCUUCGCUUGACCAAAAUGUGCCUCAGUAUAAACGUGAUUUCCGUCGUAAGGUGAUCUACUUUAGAUCUCAACCUGCUCUUCGGAUCUUACCUGGUCAAUGCCAUAUAAAGGUCCGCAGAGAUCAUAUAUUUGAGGAUUCAUACCAAGAGAUUAUGCGCCAAACCCCAGAAGAUUUGAAGAAGAGAUUGAUGAUCAAAUUCGACGGUGAAGAAGGUUUGGAUUAUGGAGGAGUGUCGAGAGAAUUCUUCUUCUUGCUUUCACAUGAUAUGUUCAACCCGUUCUACUGUUUAUUUGAAUACUCCUCGCAUGACAACUAUACGCUUCAAUUCAAUCCUAAUUCGGGCAUCAAUCCCGAGCACUUGAACUACUUCAAAUUUAUCGGUAGAGUGGUGGGAUUGGGUGUUUUCCACCGGCGUUUCUUGGAUGCUUUCUUCGUUGGUGCAUUGUACAAGAUGAUGUUACACAAGAAGGUUGUAUUACAGGAUAUGGAAGGUGUGGAUGCUGAAUUUUUCAGAUCGCUUAAAUGGAUUCUAGAUAAUGACAUCACUGGAAUAUUAGAUCUUACUUUCAGUGCUGAAGACGAAAGAUUUGGAGAGAUUGUGGAAGUUGAUUUGAAAGAAAACGGACGCAAUAUCGAGGUGACAGAAGAGAAUAAGCAUGAAUAUGUGGAGCUCAUCUCCGAAUGGAAGAUCUACAAACGAGUGGAGGAGCAAUUUAAGGCAUUUAUUGACGGUUUCAAUGAGUUGAUCCCACAAGAGUUGGUCAAUGUAUUUGAUGAGCGUGAACUCGAACUCUUAAUCGGUGGUUUAGCAGAGAUCGAUGUGGAGGACUGGAAGAAGCAUACCGAUUAUCGUGGAUACCAAGAAUCAGACCAAGUCAUUCAAUGGUUCUGGAAAUGUAUCAAAGAAUGGGAUUCCGAACAAAAGGCUCGUUUGCUUCAAUUCACCACCGGUACCUCUAGAAUUCCCGUCAAUGGGUUCAAGGAUCUUCAAGGUUCCGAUGGUCCUAGACGCUUCACCAUUGAAAAGGCGGGUGAACCUAACCAACUUCCCAAAUCCCACACUUGUUUCAAUAGAGUGGACUUACCGCCAUAUGCCGAUUAUGCAAGCUUGAAGCAAAAGUUAACGUUGGCUGUGGAGGAAACAGUUGGCUUUGGCCAGGAGUAG